AUGACUAUAUUAAUGAAAAUUCAGCCCACAAUAUUGGCAUUGCCAGUCCAACCUACACUGAAGAUGCCUACAGGAGUGUUUGUCACUUACUACAGACAGAGUGCUAGACGACAUCCAAAGGAACAGGGAACAGACAUCCAAAGGAACAGACAUCCAAAGGAACAGACAUCCAAAGGAACAGACAUCCAAAGGAACAGACAUCCAAAGGAACAGACAUCCAAAGGAACAGACAUCCAAAGGAACAGACAUCCAAAGGAACAGACAUCCAAAGGAACAGACAUCCAAAGGAACAGACAUCCAAAGGAACAGACAUCCAAAGGAACAGACAUCCAAAGGAACAGACAUCCAAAGGAACAGACAUCCAAAGGAACAGACAUCCAAAGGAACAGACAUCCAAAGGAACAGACAUCCAAAGGAACAGACAUCCAAAGGAACAGACAUCCAAAGGAACAGACAUCCAAAGGAACAGACAUCCAAAGGAACAGACAUCCAAAGGAACAGACAUCCAAAGGAACAGACAUCCAAAGGAACAGACAUCCAAAGGAACAGACAUCCAAAGGAACAGACAUCCAAAGGAACAGACAUCCAAAGGAACAGACAUCCAAAGGAACAGACAUCCAAAGGAACAGACAUCCAAAGGAACAGACAUCCAAAGGAACAGACAUCCAAAGGAACAGACAUCCAAAGGAACAGACAUCCAAAGGAACAGACAUCCAAAGGAACAGACAUCCAAAGGAACAGACAUCCAAAGGAACAGACAUCCAAAGGAACAGACAUCCAAAGGAACAGACAUCCAAAGGAACAGACAUCCAAAGGAACAGACAUCCAAAGGAACAGACAUCCAAAGGAACAGACAUCCAAAGGAACAGACAUCCAAAGGAACAGACAUCCAAAGGAACAGACAUCCAAAGGAACAGACAUCCAAAGGAACAGACAUCCAAAGGAACAGACAUCCAAAGGAACAGACAUCCAAAGGAACAGACAUCCAAAGGAACAGACAUCCAAAGGAACAGACAUCCAAAGGAACAGACAUCCAAAGGAACAGACAUCCAAAGGAACAGACAUCCAAAGGAACAGACAUCCAAAGGAACAGACAUCCAAAGGAACAGACAUCCAAAGGAACAGACAUCCAAAGGAACAGACAUCCAAAGGAACAGACAUCCAAAGGAACAGACAUCCAAAGGAACAGACAUCCAAAGGAACAGACAUCCAAAGGAACAGACAUCCAAAGGAACAGACACCACACUUUUAUAA